UAGCUAGAAAAAAGCCUGUAGCUGAGAGACGGACCAGAAGAAGAAGAAGACGACUUCGACUCUCUCUCUCUCUAAAUCCGGACGUUGAUUCUACAGUCUUCGCCCGAUCAGGACCGUCGGAUAGAUCGACUUUCCUGAUCAGUUGCCAAACUUUUGACAGUUCGGUUUCGGGGCUCUUCUUGUCUGUAAAUUAGGUUUUUGUCUCUAAAGUCGGUUUGUGAAUUCGAAACCCUAAUUUCAAAGAGGUUAUAUAGUGUUCUGUGAAUCUGAAAACCCUAAUUUUGAUGGAGGUGUAUGGGUAGCUGAUGUUGUGAGCUUGGUUGAAAUUGAGAAGAUGGAGAGGGAUGAGAUUGUUGUGCUGGACAAAGAUGGAGGUCCAAGUGGUGGUGGUGGUGGUAAGGGCAGUGAUGCGUUUAUUGAUCGCAGCAAAGUGAGGAUUUUGCUUUGCGACAACGAUGCCAAGAGUUCUGAAGAGGUUGUCAGGCUUCUACGCAAAUGCUCUUAUCAAGUAACUUCGGUGAGGUCAGCCAGGCAAGUGAUUGAUGCACUGAAUGCUGAGGGGCCAGACAUAGAUAUCAUUUUGUCUGAAGUUGACAUUCCUAUGGCGAAAGGAUUGAAGAUGCUGAAAUACAUAAUGAGGGAUAAAGAGUUGCGACGCAUUCCUGUGAUCAUGAUGUCGGCACAAGAUGAGGUAUCUAUCGUUGUCAAGUGUUUGAGACUUGGAGCAGCUGACUAUCUUGUGAAGCCUUUACGCACUAAUGAACUGUUAAAUUUAUGGACUCACAUGUGGAGGAGAAGGCGAAUGCUUGGAUUGGCAGAUAAGAACAUGUUGAACUAUGACUUUGAUCUUGUGGCAUCAGACCCUAGUGAUGCUAAUACAAACAGCACUACUCUGAUCUCAGAUGACACAGACGACAAGUCCCGGAAGAGUGCAAAUCCAGAGAUAUGUGUGUCAACCCAUCAGGAAGAUGAGGUCAUAGUGAUACAGAGGCAAAUUAUGUUAAAUGCUCCCACUGCUGCUGCUCCUGUAGAGCCUUCACUAACGGAUUCACUGGAUUAUCAACCAGUUGUGCCGGGAAUUAGUGACCACCGAACAGGACAAUUCACAUCAUGUCCAAAGAAGAAUAAACUAAGAAUUGGUGAGUCUUCAGCCUUUUUCACUUAUGUCAAAUCAAGCAUGCCCAAAAGCAAUACCCAAGGGGUUGCCCCUGAUGAUGAAAUUGCUACUCGAGAUUUGAGCACUGAAAUCAAACUUAAUGCACGGGUUGGACAAGCGGGCAAUGAUACCCAAGAUUGCGAGAAUGAAGAGGCACAGGAAAGCCAUUUUCAAGGAGAUGACUUUCCAGGCAGUAGCAGUAACCCUGAUUCUCUUUGUAUGGAGAGAUCUUCCACUCCCCCUGUGUUAAUGGAAUUUCCACAACAGAACAACUCAAAGAUGGAAGAGUUUGCUCAGUUGCAUAUGCAUCUGAACAAUGAGUUUCACGGAGAUGUAUCGGGAUUUCAUGCGCAUACUGCUUAUCCAUAUUAUAUUUCAGGCGUAAUGAAUCAAGUUAUGAUGUCAUCGGCACAAAUGCAUCAAAAUAAUCUUCAAGAUCUGCCAAACCAUAUGUUGCCUCAGUAUGGUCAUAUUCCGCCGCAUUGUCGUCCUCAUGUUCAAGGUAUGGCAUCAUUUCCCUAUUACCACCCAGUUAGCAUAUACACACAACCGGGUCAAAUGCCUGCAACCCAUCAAUGGCCUUCACAUGGAAGUCCAUCGGCCAAUGAAGGAAAAAUAAGUAAAGUUGAUAGGAGAGAGGCAGCCUUGAUGAAGUUUAGGCAGAAGAGGAAAGAACGUUGUUUUGACAAGAAGGUUAGGUAUGUUAACCGGAAAAGGCUUGCCGAAAGGAGACCUCGUGUACGGGGACAGUUUGUAAGGAAGAUGAAUGGUAUAAAUGUGGAUCUUAAUGGGCAGCCUGCUUCUACUGAUUUUGACGAGGACGAAGAAGAGGAUGAUGAGGAAGAGCAAUGUAGCUAGGGAUUCUUAUCAAUAUGCCAAUGAACUUCUGUUCAACUAGGAGGAGAUACCAAGAAGGUUGAUUGUAUGAGAUUGAAUGUUUGUUUCAAACUACACAAGCUCUAUGGCCAACCUGGUGAAGGAGAUCAUGCAUAUCUAGACAGUGUCAUGCGAAAGUGAUCGGCAUUUGUCAGAGCAGGAAAACUAAGAAAUAUCAUAUUUCAGUGGCCCUCUGAUUUCACCUUCUUUGUGAUCCACAAGAGCUCCUUCGGCUAUAAUGACCUUCAUUAUGUAUGAUUUUACCUUUAGCGACAGCCAUUAUGUAUCCACCUUUGGUGCUGCCUGCUAUGUUUAUGAGCUGGAUCUAAACAGCUUCCAAAGUCGAGGGUUCAUGAAUUAGUAGUGGAGACCACAUGGAGAGACGCUGAAUAUGCGUAGGAGUAAACAUAAGGAAUGCUGAAGCAGUUCAAGAAAAACAUUAGGCUUUUACUUGAACUCUGGUGAAUGAUUCAUGUAGGAAUGCUGAAGCAGUUCAAGAAAAACAUUAGGCUUUUACUUGGAACUAUGGUGAAUGAUUCAUGUGCGCUUCUUACUCAGGCAAUGUGGUUACGUUACAUUGAUCGAGCGACACCUUGAAUUCACAGAACAAAAGCUUUCACACUCCAGACAUUUCAGUGUUAUUAACAAUUGUAACAUUGAUGUAUGGAGUGUAUUUAUACA